CCGCUGCCCCUGAUCUUCCCCCUUCAACGAAGCCGGAGCAGGCAGGAGCCAGACAGCUCUUAGCUCUCUGCCUUCCCCACAGAGAGGGGGUCUCAUCGCCCUCCCCUCCCCUUUCCCCUCUUCCAUUCCCCAGCACCGAAGGCUGUGCCCACUCGAGACUGCUUCGGCCACCACCACCGCUCGUCGCAAGGGGAAAAGUGGAGCCUGAGGUUUUCUCCAUCGCUCUGGAUUGUGGCCGGGGACCCGGCUGGGAUUUGGGGGGUGCUGGCACGAGAUGUACCAAAGUUUAGCCAUGGCAGCUAACCCUGGCCCACCGACCUACGAAGGGGCAGGUGGCUUCAUGCACAGCACGGCCGCGGCGUCCCCUGUCUACGUGCCCACCACCAGGGUCACCUCCAUGCUCCCCAGCCUUCCUUACCUCCAAAGCAGCGGCUCUUCCCAGCAAGGCAGCCCCGUCUCCAGCCACUCCAUCUGGACUCAACCGGGAGCCGAACCCGCCGCUUACAACCCGGGAUCUUCUCACCCUCCAGUAUCACCUCGGUUCUCCUUCUCCACCAGCACCCCCAUCCCUGCUACCUCUUCCCGGGAAGCCGCGGUGGCUUACAGCAGCUCCUUGAACCUUUCUGCUAACGGGAGGGAGCAAUACAGCAGGGGGUUCGGCAGCUCCUAUUCCAGCCCUUACCCGGCUUAUAUGAGUCCCGAAAUGGCCACCACUUGGACUUCUUCACCCUUUGACAGCCCCAUGCUGCACAACCUGCAGAGCCGAGGGACCCCCGCAGCCGCCCGCCACGCCAACAUAGCAGAAUUUUUUGAUGAUUAUUCAGAGGGACGAGAAUGUGUCAACUGUGGGGCCAUGUCCACCCCACUCUGGAGGAGAGAUGGGACUGGGCACUACCUCUGCAACGCCUGCGGGCUCUACCACAAGAUGAACGGCAUCAAUCGGCCCUUGUUCAAACCUCAGAGGAGGCUGUCUGCUUCCCGCCGUGUUGGCCUCUCCUGUGCCAACUGCCACACAACAACCACCACGCUCUGGCGCCGAAACACUGAGGGAGAGCCUGUCUGCAAUGCCUGUGGGCUCUACAUGAAGCUUCAUGGGGUUCCAAGGCCAUUAGCAAUGAGAAAGGAGGGAAUUCAGACGAGGAAGCGCAAGCCAAAGAACCUCAACAAAACAAAGGCACCAGCAGGUCCAUCCAGCAGUGAGAGUCUUACUCCUACCACCAGCUCCACCAGCAGCAGCAGCAGCACCACGACCACCGAGGAAAUGCGGCCCAUAAAAACAGAACCUGGGCUUUCAUCUCACUACGGGCACCCCUGCCCAAUUUCUCAGGCAUUUUCAGUCUCUUCCAUGUCUGGACACGGAUCAUCUAUUCACCCUGCAAUUUCAGCUCUGAAGCUUUCCCCUCAGGCUUACCAGUCAGCUAUUAGCCAGUCUCCACAAACAAGCUCCAAACAGGACUCCUGGAACAGCCUGGUGUUAGCUGAAAACCAUGGGGAUAUCAUAACUGCUUAACCUGGUCUUCCACCCACCAACUUCAGGCUGAUCUGCUUGAGAGAUGAAGAAGAUGCCACGUAAUCAUCAAGUCAAUGCUGUUUCCCAUUGCUCUCCUGCCUUCUCUCCCCUUGUGAGAUGUUCCAGCCAAGAGGUAAAGAGGUCUGAGCUGAGAAGUAGGAGAGCUCUUCCACAACAAAGAGAGAAAACUCAAAUCUUAAAGUAAUUAAUGGAUUUGAAGCCUUUUUUCCCCCCACUUUCAAAGAGCCUCUCUAUUUGAUUGUCGCCACCCUCUAUGAAAUAGCCAGAAGCAGAAAGAUGGACAAAGAUCUUGAGUUUUGUGUAUUAAAAUUCUCUGGCAUUUGAGACUCAGGUGGAGCAGAGACACUUGUUUUCUUCUGUCACCAUCCCUUCUUUUUCCUGACCAGAAGAAAAUGCCACCACUACCCAAAUUCAGUGAUCUUCCACCAAAAAGAGCCAGUUCUGGAAGAGUUUGUUGAACAGACUUCACUACACAUCUUGUGGUGGCUUUAGAGAAUUUUGUAUGAUCUAAGGCAGAGAAAGAGACCCUCCCCCACCCCCAUCCCAACUCCCACAUCUGGAUCAUUGUCUUCAUUUUCCUAGAUGGUCUGAAAAGCUACUGAAUGUCUGUAUUUAAUAGUAACUCAUUUCCUAUUUAUCAUUACAAAAUCAUGGGACUGUGUUUCCCAAAGGUCGUUGGCUGAGCCUGGAGAAGGUCUGUCCAAAGUCAAAAGAGAAUUUUGGAAGAAAGAACCUUCUGGAAUUAAGAGGUAGAGGAGAGCCACACUGGUCAUCAAAUCCUGAAGGAAAUUGCUGGGCUCUCUCCAUAUGGAUAGCUACAAGCCAGGCUCAGUCAAGAGCACAGCAAGUGAAAGAUGCUCUUCAAAUGCUGCUGUGCCACUGCUUUUGAGACAGUUAAUUUAAUUAUUUUGCAUACUUCUCUGUUGGUUUUAAUGUCAUGGAUGAAAUCUGACUGUCAUUUAUUGUUGGCUGUACUGUGAGUGCCCACAUUCCCUCUAGCAGCUCGUGACCAUCACACACCUCUAAGCCUUUAGGAUUCCACUUUUUACACCAAGCCAAGGCUUCAGCUUCUAAGGGGGUUGUUUUCUUUACCAGGGGAUGUUUUCCUUACCCAGCACGUGCAUAGACUUGCUUGCCUGCAAGAGAAACAGAACUCCAUGCAUGCAUGAGUAUUAACCAGGACCCGUGGGGUUUUUUUUUUUAUUUUCUUGCCCAUAAGGCUCUCAGCAACCAGGGGAUCCUAGCAGAAGGAGUUGGAAGAGAUGCUGAGAGCUCACCGACUCAUUCCCUUCUCCCAAAGGGAUCAAUCCCACCUAACCUAGCUCUGACUGCUGUUUCUCUAGCAUGUGCUUAACAAAUUCUAGCACUGCAGAUGCCACAGCUCCCCCGUGCAGUCCAAGUGCUUCACCAGAUGCUUGCCAUGAUGUUUUCAUCAGCAUUUCAGAGGAGGGACAGCUUUGCCUCUCCAGGCAGAGAAUUUCUGGGAGACCUCAUCCUACAAGAUUCUCCACUCUUGUUUCUUCCAUUCCCAAACUUUGUUAUUCCCCUUGCCUCCCCUCUCUUUCCUCCCUGCAUCCUGUACCCGAGCACAGAACUAUCAAGUGAAAACCUAGAAGAGGGAUUGUGCAUCCCUCCCAAACGUGCCAUCCUCUGUCUCCCACUGUUUAACAUUCCCACAAAGAGUAUUUCAACUCAAACACCAGGAUACAUGGCUUGGUGAAGAGAAAAACCAUGUUUGAAGCAAAAGAAUGGCAUUAUAUUGCCUUUGGUUGAACUCAUUUUUUUCCUCCUGAUUUUAGCAAAGCUUCUCUAAGGAGAAGGCAUCAACUGGAUAAGGACUGGGACUGGAGUCACAGUCGAGACCUGGAUCCUUCCACAUUCCCUGUUUAACUGAGAUUUGCAGGAUUUUGGAGGGGUGACAGAGCCUCUCUAUUCCCCUGAGAAAAACACUGUGUGGCAGUCAUGCCAUGGGAAUGGCUGGAUGGUGUUUGCACCAGAAUUUCCACUCUGUCUUGCUGAGCCUCAUUAAUUUUAAUUACAGACAAGGAAAAGAAACACGAACCAAAAUAAAUUAAAUUCUAUGAUUCUGCUCAGGCCUGGUAGGCUGCAGAGAAGAGGCCAGAAAUAGCCCCUUGGCUAUGAAUUUGGGCUGAAAAAAGCCAUUUUUUCAAAAGGCAUUUUUUUCUAGGCAUGCAAGUCUUUAGUCAACCUUCUCCUUGAACUAUAUUUCCUGCCUGUGACUGAGAAGCAUGCAGCACAAAGAUGCCUCUUAGCUAAUGCACACAUUUGGGAUACCCUGGACAAGAUGAGAGGGAGGGAAGAAGGAGAUCUCCAGGAAAGGAGCUAAGGUCAAGACCAACCACAGGCUCCAUUGCUCUUACCACCUAGAUCUUCCUAGAGGUUUGAUCUACCUUGCCUGACUCCUGUGCUCCUCCUCCUCCUCCCCUCAAAGCCAAACUCCCUGGUGGAAUUUUUCUCCUGCCCUUAACAGACACUCCAAGAUGCCAUAAAGGAGUCUGCUUGCAAUGCAAGAGGAGAAAAGCUCUGCAGGACACAGGCUGUCCUGUGCUCCCUCAGGUUAUCUAAAUGACCAUGGUAGAGAUUCUCUAACUGGUUCCCAGCCUUCCUCAAAGCCCUAAAAGUAAUUCUUGAAACACAGUGAGCAGUAAUUACAAAGACCCUGAUAACAGGACAAAAUAUCUGCUUUGAGAAGGUAAGUCCCUAGGGGCUGUGAGGACAAUUUGGUUCCCUUAGCAGUAGAAAUUAGCUCUUUUGUCCCUGCUUUUGCACCACAAGCAGUAGAAGAUGAGAUGCACCUGGUUCUGUUGUUCUUUUUCAACCACUCAAAACUCUGGUGGAGCUAUUGCUGGUCCAGGAGCAUUUGUAAUAAUAAUACAAAUAUAAUCUGGCCAACGUUGAUAUGAAGAUAGUGAGAGGCUGAACUCAGAUGAACCAUCAUGCUCAGUGCUGUAUAAACACCGCAAGAGAUGAGACCUGUCCUAAGGAACUUGUAAUGCUGGAAUUACAGAGUAAUUGAAGCUGGAAGGGUCUCUCAGGACAUGGUUGUCAAGUUUUGGAUAUCCCCAAGCAUGGAAAUCCUACAGCCUCCCUGGGUUCCUGUUCCAGUGUUUGACCACCCUCAUGGUGGGAAUAUUUUAUUUCUAAAUAAAUGUUAGAUUUUAAUGAGAGGCAAAAUCGUUGGUAAAUUAACUGCUCAGAUUUGGAGACACCCAAGUAAAAAGACAUUGGGACAGAACAUGAACCACAAACAGCCCCUUCUUGUAGUUAGGGUUGGGAUGGCCAAUGCAGGAUGACAAACACCAGAAGUGACAGAUGAAGGGAUACAAACUGGACAAGAAGAGAAAAGUGCCACCAGUUUCAGGAGACCUGGCACAUUCUAGAAAGAGGGGCAACUCCUGAAAUCCAUCUGAGCUCUGCUUUCCCUCCCAGGAUGCAAUCUAGAGCCUGCUUUUCUAAUGAAAUUAGAUACAACUAUUAGAGACUCGUUAAGGAAAGAGAAUGAUGGUUAUUAUUGCAAUAAUUUAAUUGCAGCAUGGCUGGGGAACCUAAUGAGGACCAUACAAAGCCAGGUCCUACACAAAUGCAGGACUAAGAACCAUCCCUGCCCUGAAGAGUAAGAGGAAAGGGCCCAUAACACUUCAGCACACGUAUAAAUACAUCUGUGGGACUUGUUCUCUUCGAGCUCACCAUUAAUCACACGUGCAACUUUUGAUGUCCAAGGGUUUGCAGUUGGAUUGUACCAAACCAGACCUCUGCAAUGGCUCUGUGGUCACCAGAGUGAGAGGAGCAGAUGAGAACAAGGGAGUCAGAAGGGUAGAAAGGUCAUUUAACCAUCUCUCAAUGUCUUUCCUCUUCGUGGAAGUGCAAUAUCUUGAAUCACUUCAGUUUAUUCUUUUGUAGCUUGAUCAGAAGACACCCACAUUUCCCUUGCAAUCUUGUGGGCUGGCUGGAGAAGAUGCAAUCAGAAGGAGCUCAGGAAUAUUGUAAGGGAGCUUUAAAACCAACCAGCAACUCUGAACAUACCACUGAAGCUGUGACUACAUUAGGGGUGGUGUUUUCUUUUUGCUUUUUUUUCCUCCCCCUGGAUGAAUCUGAAGCUUCCCAGGUCAUCUGGGAAGGUGCCAUGGAGACAGGCAGUGGCAAAGGGGGGAGGGAAAUCAACCAACUGAACAAGCUGUAAUUAUUUAAAGAUGUAAAAAUAUAUAUAUUAUGAAGUAGUAUGGCUACCAAUCCACGUAACUUCUACACCUUUAGAACUAAUGGAAAUAAACCAACUCUA